AAUAAUGAAACUACUGUUGUCCGAUAACGAUAAAACUACUAGAUCAUUAAUGAUUAAUACCCUUAUGGAAUUCUGAGAAGAUUUCCAUGUCAGUAAGUUCUUUCAGUCAAAUAUAAAUGAGCUGGUAACAGAAACUUGCAGUGUUGGCCCCAACGAAGUGUGGGAAUCUUUAUCAUCGUGCCUGCGUUGGUCUGACUGGUGUUGGGACUGUCGCCUAUACAGUUGUUCAUUAACACACAGAGGGAGGACUGAUAGAGCAGCCACACACCAAGCUGGAGGAUUAUUGCUUUCAAGCUUUCACUGGAGAAGCAACAGGCGGGGAGGCAGUCUUCCGCAUUGUCUUUACUGCAAUUUAGUCAAGGGUCAAAAUCCCAGGAAAAAGUUGGGAUUUUUUUUCUCAUUUGAAUGCUGGAUUGCGAAUUAAGGGACAGACUGAAAUCUGGAAUAAAUCAAUCUGAGGAGCCACUUAAACCUGAAAUGAACUGCAGCUGAUUAUUUUUUUUUUUUUGAGAUGUAGGAACUGUGGGCAAGACGAAAAAAAAAAGACUAUAGUGAGGAUCAAGAUGAGUGGCUUCAGCAGUUUACCUUACCUGGGAGUGUUGGUCAUAGCUGUGAUCGGCAACAAGUUGCUGGAUGACUGCCUGUCUUCCAAACCUAGAUUCACCAUGAACGUCGUGCUGCUGGAAGACAACACGUACGCGUGGAGUCGGCCCUUCGUGCAGGCUGCAGUGGAGCGAGCCAUCGAAGAGGACAGGAAGGAGAACAUUAAACAUAAUUUAAGCUUCACUUUGACGGCCAACUUCCAAGGCUUCAACACCACCCUGUACAACCGGCAGGGCUGUGGAAGCAGCACCUGUGAGGGCGUCACCAUACUCAAGAUGCUGCAUAAUAAAGGUGAAGUUGGAUGUGUUAUGCUGGGUCCUUCCUGCACGUAUGCUACCUUCCAAUUAGUGGAUGAUGAAAUUGGCCUGACCCUGAGCAUUCCGAUCAUUUCUGCCGGGAGCUUCGGCCUCUCUUGUGACUACAAGCCCAAACUGACUCGGAUCUUGCCGCCGGCACGCAAGAUCUCGUACAUGUUCUCCCACUUUCUGAUGGAGAAGUUUCUAUUCAAGGAUAAGUGGGAGCAUGUUUAUGUGUACAAGAAGUCGAUCUAUAACGCGACCGAGGACUGCUUCUGGUACACCAAUGCACUGGAAGCACCUUCAUCCAACUUUGCCACAAAGAUAAAGAGAGAGAUGCUACGUUCUGAGGACGAACUAAAGAAAGCUCUCACUUCUAAGAAAAGACACAGUAACAUUUUCAUCAUUUGUGGCCGUCCCGAUGACGUUAUUUCACUAGAGGCCAAAGUGGGCCCACUUCAUCAGGAUAUCAUGUUCAUUCUCGUGGACAUUUACAAUCCGGAGUAUUAUGUCAACACUACAUCCAGUCAGGGCAUGCAGAAAGUCCUGGUCAUCACUCUGCCACGGAGGAACUAUGACUAUUUACCCUAUAACGACACAAUCAAUGACUAUGUGGCUGGCUAUCAUGACGGUGCUCUACUGUUCGGUAAAGUGCUGAGGGACAGGAUGUUGAGUCAGCAGAGUAACUAUGGUAACCGAGGAGCUCAGGAAGUCCCACUGAGUGACAACCCAUUUGGGAAUGUCUCCUUCAACGGUAUGGGAGGCCACUAUGUGCUGGACGAGUAUGGUGACAGAGACGUUAACUUCUCGAUGAUUUACACAUCGACAGUUACCGGCAAGUAUGAGACUCUGUUAGUAUUUGACACAUCAAGGAAUGAAACCAUAGAUGUGGCCCGUAACCCUGAUCUGCCAUGGAAAGGAAAUCACCUGCCCAAAGAUGUACCAGAAAGUUUAGAAGACUUGAACUUGCAGGAUGUGAUUGUGAUCGUUCUGAGCCUCAGUGUUGUCGUGGUGACCGCCAUCGCUCUCAUCUUCUACAAGCAGAACAGAAAAGAACAUCAAAUGCAGAAAAAGUGGUCUCACAUCAACCCUCACCUGAUUGGUCCGCUGGACGAAAAGGAGGUCUCCCUAAAGAUCGAUGACGAUAAAAGGAAGGACAGCACGUACUUCACACAUCGAGGCCGCUACGACAAAAAGCCAGUUAUCUUGAAAGAGCUGAGACAGACCGAUGGAAACUUCACAGAGGACCAGAAGAUUGAGCUCAACACUCUGCUGCGGAUCGAUUACUACAACCUGACAAAGUUCUAUGGCACAGUGAAGUUUGAGUAUGGUGUGUUUGGAGUGUUUGAGCUAUGUCAGAGAGGCUCCCUCAGGUACAUUCUGAAUGACAGAAUUUCCUACCCAGAUGAAACCUUCAUGGACAUGGAGUUCAAAAUAUCAGUCAUGUAUGAUAUAGCAAAGGGCAUGUCAUAUCUCCACUCCAGUAACAUUGAAGUCCACGGGCGCCUCAAGUCCACCAACUGUGUGGUUGACAACCGCAUGGUGGUGAAGAUCACCGACUUCGGCUGCCACACCAUCCUGAGGCCAUGCAGAGAUGUAUGGACAGCCCCGGAGCACCUCCGUAAAGAUGGGGUAUCUCAAAAAGGAGACGUCUACAGCUAUGGCAUUAUCGCGCAUGAAAUCAUUCUGAGGCGGGCACCAUUCUAUACGCAGUUCUGCUUGAGUCGUACAGAGAAGAUGUACCGAGUGCAGCAUCCCGAUGGGAUGGGUUUCUUUAGACCAGAACUCAACUUCGAUGGCGUGUCAGAGAAGGAUAUUGAGUUGCACAUGCUGAUAAAGAACUGCUGGGAUGAAGAUCCAGAACGGAGGCCGGAUUUUAAGAAAAUCGAGUUAACUCUGGGUAAGAUUUUCAGCAACCUGCACAAUCAAGCCACGGAGACAUACAUGGACAACCUCAUCCGUCGCCUCCAGAUGUACUCCAGGACUUUGGAGCAUCUGGUGGAGGAGAGAACGUCUUUGUACAAGGCUGAGAGGGACCGAGCAGACCUCCUUAACUUCAUGCUACUUCCUGGCCCAGUGGUGCGUUCGCUGAAGGAGACGGGCAGAGUGGAGCCGGAGCUCUAUGAAGAGGUGACGGUGUACUUCAGCGACAUUGUGGGAUUCACCACCCUGUGCCACUACAGCACCCCCAUGGAAGUGGUCGACAUGCUCAAUGAGAUCUACAAGAACUUUGACAGCGUCCUUGACCACCAUGAUGUCUACAAGGUUGAAACAAUAGGAGAUGCAUACAUGGUUGCGUCAGGUUUGCCUAAACGCAACGGUGACAGACAUGCAGUGGACAUCGCACACAUGGCCCUGGACAUCUUGUCAUUUGUUGGGACGUUUGAGCUGCAGCACUUGCCUGACAUUCCUUUGUGGAUACGUAUUGGUGUGCAUUCAGGCCCCUGUGCUGCUGGAGUGGUGGGGAACAAGAUGCCCCGCUACUGUCUGUUUGGAGAUACAGUCAACACCACGUCACGAAUGGAAUCCACGGGCCUGCCUCUGAGAAUCCAUGUAAGUCAGUCCACCAUCAACAUCCUGCAGAGGACUGACUGUAAAUUUGAGUACGAGCAGAGAGGAGAGACAUACCUGAAGGGCAAAGGUAAAGAGAUGACUUACUGGUUAACUGGAGUGACUGGAGGAAAAUAUAAUCUACCCACGCCACCAACAGCGGAGAACUUCCAGCGACUGCAGCAGGACCUGGCGGAGAUGAUCGUGUCCAGCUUGGAAAAGCGCGGAGAAGGCGGAGAGAGCUUCGAAAAGAGGAAAACGUUGUCCGCCAGACGCAGAGAAACCAACAGCAGCUUUCAGGGGGAAAGCCCACCAGAAUACUUCCACCUGGCUGUCACUGAUAACCCUAGUACUUAUCUGUGAUGACAGAGCACUGCCCCAUGCAGUGUCAGCCAUAAUCCGCACCUGUUGGAAUGAACACUGCUAGAAUUGUUUGGACAUAGCUGCAGUGACUCACGCAGGCAUGUGGAAACUGAGACUCACAGCAUGCUGAGGCAGUUUUUUUUUGCAUCAUGUUCAUUCUUCAUUUCCAACUGCCUGCAGCCCAUCCUUCCUGCAUCAACCUUUUAAUAAGAGCAAGGAAGGCAUUUAACGGCAUCAUAUACAAACCGCCAUUAUUUAAAGAGCUCAGCCUAAAAUGGGCAUCCAAAUCAAAUAAGUGAUAUCUUAUAUAUGAUAUGUUUUGUAUUUGUUGUGUACCACAUUGUUUUCACUCGUUGAUUUCUUUUUUAGGGAUUAGUGUCCAAUAUGCUUGACUAAAGUAUUCCUCAUGAUUCACACACAGGUUGAGGGAUACAAGUGCAUAUUUAACUAGUCACAGUCAAACAAACACUAACAAUAUAUGAAAAACAAAAAAAUAAAAAAAUAAAAAUAAAUAAAUGUAAAAAAUGUAAAAAAAAUUAAAAAAAGAGCAGUGAAGAAAAAACUAAGUGAGUGUUGAAUCAUGGAUGUGAAGUCAUCAUCUUGAAACACGCAAUGAAGUAUUCAGUGCACUUUCUACAUGUGGCGGUGGCCUCUUAUCAGUGAUGUUCUUAUGUCAAAUUGGUAAGGGACCAACCACUUAAUUUACUCCAUUUGCUUUGUUACAAAUUGGAAACAUGAGAAAAAUCCAUUGGGAUUCAUUAGGAAAUGUCACAAAUGAAAUUAAAUUCAUCUACCGGGUAAAGCAAUGUAUAAUUGAGUUGCUCUGAUUCUUUUUUAAGGUCACGUCAAAUGUUAGCAUCGUCAUUUGUUGCCGGGCAGAGUUGGUAGGGCUCAAUCAUGACGGCCCCUAAAACAUUUUGGCAUUGGCAGUCAUCUGGACUCAACUGUUUGAACAGCAAACUGGAGAAUGUGCCGUGAGCCACACUUACAAACUGAAGAGAUCACCUUCUGGAUGGCUUCAAAUUGUGACAAUUCAUGUGACUGCCUCAGAAUCCUGCAAAGG